UCCCCCUCGGCGGCAGGGGGCGUCCGUGCGUCGGUGCGUUUCCUGAAGCGGCUUCGUGUUGUGGUUGUAUGGGGUUAGCAUGGGCGCUAGCGUUAGCCUGGAGCUAUGCGGCAUCUAGUGAAGAGAGGGACUUCUGCUCCCUGCCUUUUUCAGUCCAAACGUGUGAAGAGUGAGUAUGCAGCGCCCCCUGCUGCAGAGACAGGGCCCGAGGGGAGCAUCAGUGCAGAUGGAAGCGCAGACGGAAGCGCAGAUGGAAGCGCAGAUGGAACCACAGACGCCAGUGCAGACACCGGCGCAGACACCAGUGGGGAGGAGAGCCAUGGCAGUGAAAACCAGCUGGAACUGGACCUGCGCAGGAUGUCUCGCAAACACAACCUCACCAAAAGGAAUGUCAGAAACAUCUUACGGGAGGUGAUCACACAUGAGCGGGUGGUGGACAUGAUGAAAGCGGCCAUCAGGGACACUCAGGACCUGCCUCUUUUUGAGCCUAAAAUGACGCGGUCCAGGCUGAAGCAGGCCGUGGAGCAGGGCCAGAAGGUGAACUGGAGCCUCCCUGCAGUCGGAUCCACAAACAGAGGCUCGGGGUUCGUGGACAUGGAGCUUGAGGAGGAAGAGGACUCGUCUGAUGAAGAGUACUGUCCUGAUGAAGACGAAGAGGAAGACACGACAGAUGAGCUGUUUCUGAGCGAUGGAGACAGUCUGGCUUCUCCUCUCAAAAUGCAGUCGUCCUCUCAGACCAGCACUCCUCAGAGCUCCGGCCAGACACACUCCAGAACCAUUGACUCCACCCCCCGCCACGCAGCCCCGCCCUCUGACCCGCCCACAGACUCUUUCUUAGACCGACUCAACGCCGUAGAGGAGGAGCUCAAUUCCAACCCUGCCUACUUCUACCAGGAUGAGGACCCGUUGGCCUGCCGCACACGCUCAAAGCUCCCCCUGGUGGAUGUGCCUAUAAAUCGUCUGGAGGCGGAGCUUCUCGCCCCUGACAUCACCGCCGACAUGUACGCAAGCCCCUCCCACCAGACCAGAGACCCUCACUGGACCCAGUGGCUGCAGGGCCUGGUGGCUCCGGAGAACACAGAGGAGGCAGAGGACGAGGACGACCCAGAGUACAACUUCUUAGAAGAUCUGGACGAGCCCGACCUGGAGGACUACAGGACCGACCGAGCUGUGCAGAUCACGAAAAAAGAAGUGAAUGAGCUGCUGGAGGAGUUUUUUGAGACGCUCCAGGAGCAGGCCGCUGAGGAGGAGGAGCACGAGGAAGCAGACGACGAAGAGUCAUCCACCCCAGGACCUCAGUUUAAUGUUCCUCAGUCUUUACGACUGGAGCCUUCAUUAGUGCCACUGCUGAAUGCGAUGAAGCCCAAUCAGAGCAGAAGAGCCCUGCAGGACACCACCAACACCCCACACACGACGAACAUGACGCACAUGACGCACACCAACCACACGACGGACACCAUCCACACCGCCAACACCCCCCCCACGGCCCACACCCAGGUUCUGAGCGCCCCGCCACAGCCCCACAAGACCCAGGACAACCUCAGCCUGCAGCAGCACGUGAGCCAGGCCCCGUGGAACAGCAGUCAUGUGACCCAGCUCAUUCUGCUGCCACAAACUUCUAGUCCAACUCUGAGACUGAAUGAGCGUCAGAGAGGACAACUCCAGCAGCAGAUACAACAGCACGUCCAGCUGCUCACUCAGGUCCACCUCCUGACCAAAGGGAUCCAGGCUCUGAACCACGAGGCCGACAUCACCAAAAGCUUCCUGGUGGAGUUGGAUCAGUUUUCUCAUCGUGGCAGAGGUUUUUCUGACAGUAGUUUCAAAGUGUGUAACCUGCAGCCGGCUCUGGAGCUCGUAGAAGAAGAGCGAGGCGUGUCUUCUGCUUCUCAUGAACCUUCUCUGGGCUCUGUGGUUCAUCCCAAACGCUGGCUACCCUCCAUGACCCCCACCACUAACGGUCAUGCCUUCCCCCUGCUCCCUGCUCAGCUCGCCUGGGUCUUUGCCACUCGCCCGCUCUUUCUGUACCCAGAGCUGCUUCCUGUUUGCAAUCUGGACCCUGCCCUCCACCCGUGCCACAAACGCCAGGUCUACACCCAGGGAGAAGACGGCCUGAUCGUUCUGGGUCUGAAGCACUUUGAGGGUGGCUUCAAACCCGAGCAGCUCAUCACAGACUUCCUGGUUUGUAAAACGCGAUCAAACUUCACUAAACACAUCCGAGAAAUGAGCAGCAGGAGAGCCCCGCCCAACAUCAUCAAGUCUUUCCUUGCGUCCGGUGGAGUGCCUCCUCUUUCUCUGGCCUGUUCCCCUGUGGAUCCAUCAGAGCAGUGCCCCCCGGUGGACAGAUACUGCAGCCACUGUCCCAACUGGCUCAAGAACAGUCGAGAGGCCAUCCAGAAAACCCGUCUUUCCUCCUCUCCUCCUCGUUAUCCCCAGUCUCUUCCUACUGGCUGCACGUUGAGGCUUCAUCCUCAUUGGCUGCCUAAGUCCCGCCCCCCUUUGUCCAGACCGAAGCGGCGUUUGUUUACACUCGCCCACAAUGGAACUUUAAAACCUCUCGCCAAAAGACACGGAACCCCUGAGUUUAUAACGAAAACACUCCAGCACGAGCAAAACGGAGAGAAGACCGGAGAAGACGACGCGCAAACAUCUGCUCCGUCACCUUCGUCCGGGGACCUCACCCAGGACCCAGGCCAGUCCCCGACCACUGCCUUUAUCCUGAGUCCCAGUGUCCUUCUGAACUGUGAGGCAGAAGCUCAAACAUGCGCUCUGAUCCCACCUCUGGUCCCUGUGUGCGCCAACAUGAGACCGCUCACCGUCCCUCUAGUACCCACCCCGCCCAGCGCCAUCCCAGAAACACUGCCAACCCUGCCCGGCACCUGCCCACAAACACUACCAGCUCUGCCCAUCGGGUCUACGGGCCCCGUGAACCUGUCCCCUCAGCUGUGCACUGGAGUCGUCCUGUUCCACACCAUUUUAGAUCCAACGCCUCAUCCUCAGAGCACCCACACUACAAACACCAACCCUCACCACAGCGCCGCACAACAAAAUGACAAAGGACUCGGAGAAAAGGAGGGCGAGGGUGCGACGGGCAGAGAAAAGACUGUUAUAAAAUAUAUAAGUUUACACGAAAAGAGGGGAGGAGUUCACUGUGAAAAUGAGGACCGAAGAAAAGACGACGGGGCUAAAGAUGGACAGAAGCCCAGAGAACACGGAGGAGAUAAUGAAGAAGGAGGAACUAACGAAGGAGGAGGACCUGAUGAAGGACGAGGAGCUGGUGAAGGACAGGGACCCAGCGAAGGAGGAGGGUCUGGAGAAGGACAGGGGCCCGGUGAAGGACAGGGGCCCGGCGAAGAAGGAGGAGCUGGUGAAGGACAGGGACCCGGCGAAGGACAGGGACCCGGCGAAGGACAGGGGCCCGGCGAAGAAGGAGGAGCUGGUGAAGGACAGGGACCCGGCGAAGGACCUGGGGACGGAGGGGACGGAGGGGACGGAGGCGGAGGAGGAGAUGAAGGCGGGGAUGACGAUGAGGAAGAGGAAGAGUUCGAUGAUCUCACUCAAGAUGAAGAUGAAGAGGAAGUGAUGUCCUCGGCCUCUGAGGAGUCUGUGCUCUCUGUCCCUGAACUGCAGGAGACCAUGAAGCAGCUGACGUGGCUGGCCGCUGAGAGGAGACUGGGGGACGCUGACUCAGAAGAGGACCUCUCUCAGGAGGACGAGGAGGAAGAGGAGGAGGAGGACGGGACGACUAAAGAAGAAGAGUCCAAGGAGGAGAGAGGACACGAGACCAGAGGAGACGAAGAGACGACGACGGGAGAGGAGGCGGCAAGAGGAGCCAGCAGAGGCCCUGCGCGAGGGAGAGGUCGGCCCCGCCCCCCUCGCGGCCUCAAACGCAGUCGUCAGGAGCGGAUGAGCAAAGACGCGUCCAAACUGUUGCUGCUGUACGACGAGAACAUCCUGGAGAAGGAUCCUCAGAGAGAGAGCAAAGACACAGCCUACGCUCAGGGAUACCUCCACAGGGUGCACGAGGCUCUGCAGGACUCCCCGAUGAAGAUGGAGCAGUUCGUGUCUCUGCUGGGCGAGUUCGAGAAGGUCGGGGAGAUGCCGGACGUGGUCUCCUUGUUCCGCAGGCUGCAGUGCAUUCUGGGACAUCGCACGGACCUGCUCAGAGACUUUGCGGCGUUCCUACGACCCGAGCAGGCGCUGGAGUGUGGCCUGUUCGAGGAGCAGCAGGCGUUCGACCGCAGCAGGAGGUUCCUACGACAGCUGGAGAUCAGUUUUGGAGACAACCCAUCGCACUACCAGAAGAUCAUCAAAGCCCUGCAGAUGGGCCCUGACCUGAGCCCCAGCAGCGUCAGCGAGCUGAGGUCCCAGAUGACGUCUCUGUUAAAAGGCCACACCCACCUGCAGGCCGAGCUCUGGGUGUUCUUUGACGACCUGCACCCUCCCCCCGCUCAGCCCGGACAGUUUGAGGAGGCGGAGUGGCCGGAAGAGCCCGAGGGGAGAGAGGGGAUGGGUCUCUCCUCUGGACUCUCCUCUGGACCGGGACACACCAGCGGGUUUGAGGAGGUCACUCUUCCGGAGUUGGACGAAGAGGAGGACAGACCCAAACUCCAAUCCAUGACGGUCAGGCAGCAGAGACGGAAGAUGGACUUCAAGUGUGAUUGGUCGGAGAAAUCGUGGAUGUGUCUCUGUCACGACGCAAACAGCCGUAAACCUGGAAAGAAGGCGUGUCCGCGCUGUAAGGGUCUCCGAGUGUCCAGGGCCAUGAAGAGUCUCCAUCCUCUUUACGCCCAGAUGAGCUGUGAGAAGGAGAGCAGCCCCCACACAGAGCAGAGCGGCGCGUCCUGGGAGGGGCCGUUUCUGCUGCACAAAGACGAGGAUGAAGACAAAGACGAGACGGACAGAGAGCCGCCGGAGAAGAGGCGCAGAGAAGAGGCCACGCCCCCCACCGACGAUGUCACAGACUCCUCGCCCUCCGCGGCCCCGCCCUCUUCGCCCUCCGUGUCUCCGCCCCACGGCGACCUGAGUGUGAGCGGCCCCGCCCCCUCACAGCCCCACGACGACCUGAGUGUGACCAGCGCCGCCCCCUCACAGCCCCACAACGACCUGAGUGUGACCAGCGCCGCCCCGUGUCAGCCCCACGACGACCUGAGUGUGACCAGCGCCGCCCCGUGUCAGCCCCACGACGACCUGAGUGUGACCAGCGCCGCCCCGUGUCAGCCCCACGACGACCUGAGUGUGACCAGCGCCGCCUCGCCACAGCCCCACGACGACCUGAGUGUGAGCGGCCCCUCGCUGUCUCCGCCCCACAACGACCCGAGUGUGACUGGCCCCGCCCCCUCACAGUCCCACAAUGACCUGAGUGUGACUGGCCCCGCCCCCUCACAGGAGCUGACCGUGUGCGCCAAGAACAUCUCCAUGACGGCGAGCGGCGAGCGGGUCGUCCUCUGGACCAGAGACGCAGACAGAGUGAUCCUCACGCGCUGUCAGCAGGAGGGAGCCAACCCCAGCACCUUCCAGCAGAUCUCCUCCGUCCUGGGCAACAAGACCCCGAGCCAGGUCUCACAGAGGUUCGUGGACCUGAUGCGUCUGUUCCACACCACGGCACGACACGCCAGCGCCGAAGACGAACCCACGAGCACCGAGCCCGACCCCAGACACGGAGAAGACUGAAGAGAAACUGAUCAGAACCAUGGCUGAACCAGAGACACGGAGAAGACUGAAGAGCCCAUCAGAAAUGAGGCCAAACGAGUCCAAGCGGAACGAAGCCAGAACCUGAACGAGUCUGAGCUGUAAGAGGCCGAUAAACUCUGAGGUUCUCACACAGAGGAAGCCACAGAAUCUGAGAAAUAAACUCUCAAACCGUGUGGGACUUGUGCUCCGCUCAGGUCUUGUGUUUUCAGAUCUUGGGUCAGAGAUCUUGCUGUCCGUAAAAAAAUGUCCACGGGGAGAGAAGUGUCCUUUUUUUUUUUGGGUUGUAAAUUGUUGU